AUAAUAGUUUUUAACAGGGCCUAAAAAUAUAGCAAAUUCCGUGUUUGAUAAGUCUGAUUGUACAAAUAAUUUAAAAAAGUCUACAACAAAUUUUCCGAGGGUUAAUGCGUUAUACAGUUUUUUCAUCAUGAAAACAGAUCGGAGAUUCAAGUAUUUAAUGAAAAUUAUUAGGAUUGUGACUUUAAUCAUGUCUUGUGCAGUAUUGAAAUCAGUAUUUGCUGCCUCGUCAGUGGAAAAAUGUCGACAGAAUAGUUCAGACACAAAAUUUGCAAACAACGGAUACGAAAGACUUGUAGUUGUGGUUGGAGACGACAUAGAACAAGACUACAGUCUAAUAGAAGACUUGCGAAAACUAAUAACCGCAACUUCCGAAAAAAUGUUUCAAGUUACCAAGCGUCGAGCAUAUAUUCGACAAGUUUCUGUUUUGUUACCUCGAUCGUGGGGUGUUCCUCCAAAAGAAUUUGAGAAUAUCAUGAGUGUUAAAACUGACACAGUUCAUACAGUGGAUAGAGGAGAUUUUAGGCUACGCAAUCGAUCUCCGAGGUCAGAUAAUGAAGACAUUUCUUGGCAACUGGGGCGAUGAGGAGGCACAAGUUGACAUGCCAUAUGUUAUCAAACCGACACCAUGUGGAUACUCAGGUCGAUAUCUCCGAUUGACCCCAGAAUUUGUGAGGUUUGGCGGAAAGGCAUCGGAAAUGGGCAAGAUGGGAUCGCCCGAAAAAAUCUUAGUCAGACAAUGGGCUAAAUUACGUUGGGGAGUGUAUGACGAAAUUCCUCUCGACGACUCAGAGUCGAACUUUUAUAGACACACCGACUUAGAGGUUCAUCCGAUUGCUUGCUCGGCUGCUAUUACAGGU